AGUAGUCAAGUCAUCAGUCGCACACCUCUCCCAGCAACAUCAACAGCAUAAGCAACUUUUGCUUUCUACAAUCCGAGCAAUACUCCCAGCAAUACUCUCAUUAUGAACUUCUAUAAGAUCUUCAUCUUUGUUGCCCUUAUUUUGGCCAUCAGCGUGGGCCAAUCGGAAGCCGGCUGGUUGAAGAAACUGGGCAAGAGACUUGAACGCGUUGGCCAGCACACCAGAGAUGCCACCAUUCAGGUUGUGGGAAUUGCUCAACAGGCCGCCAAUGUGGCAGCGACAGCCCGAGGAUGAAGAGAGAGCCCUUAGAGAGUAACAGUCUUCCUAUAACAUAUUUAAUUUAUUUCCCUAAACUUAACUCCAUGAUUAAUUCCUAAGUAAAUAAAGAAACACUUUACUGAAACUUCAUAUAUAA